AGCACCUUAGAACUGUUGGGAUAUUCUACUGGUAGGGAAGAGCCAUCUUGUCAAUUGUUUAUCCAUAACAAUGACGUUUGAAACUUUAUCGAGUCGCAUGAAAUGCCAGUCUGACAGUUCAAGAGUACAACAGCUGUUGAGCUCCAGAUGCGUCUACAAGGGCUACAAGAACAUGCGAUUGCGGUUGUGCGUGCGUGCCUGCAGUGACUGGAGCCCGUUGAAGACACAACACAUAACGGCCGGUCGACUUGGCGGGUGGUUGUCUUGUGUGCUGCACGGCUGGCACCCUGGUCUUCAUCUCAUCAGCAGGAGGCAUUCAACUCCAUUACAUGACAAGUUAUUCAUGGACACCAGUCAUCUGAAUUCAAAUUACAUUUUUAUGUAGCCAG